UUGUUUCCAGUCGGCUUGUUUAUGUGAACGUACCAGUCUCGCUCAACAACAAAUAAAACGGAAAGAUAAUCAGUUUGUUGUCUUUUCUUCAGGUCAGGUCAUGGAGUUUGCAGAGUUGAUAAAGACACCCAGGGUGGACGGAGUUGCUCUACAUCGGCCUUUCAUGCCCACUGUGGAGGGGACCCUGUGUUUGACUGGUCAUCACCUGAUUCUCUCCUCCAGACAGGACAACACAGAGGAACUGUGGCUGCUUCACUCCAACAUUGACUCUAUAGAGAAAAGAUUUGUGGGGUCUCUGGGAAGCAUCAUAGUCAAAUGCAAAGACCUGAGGAUGAUCCAGCUCGACAUCCCUGGCAUGGAGGAGUGUCUCAACAUUGCCAGCUCUAUUGAGGCUCUGUCCACGCUUGAUUUACUCUCCCUGAUGUACCCUUUCUUUUACCGGCCCAUGUUUGAAGUCAUAGAAGAUGGCUGGAAUUCAUUUCUUCCAGAGGAUGCCUUUAAAGAUUUGGAGUCCAUGACAGAUGAGUGGAGACUGAGUGAAGUCAACAAGGACUUCAGUGUGUGUCCAUCAUACCCCCCUCUAGUGGCAGUGCCCAAAUAUGUUGAUGAUGACACGCUGAAGAAAGCAGCUACCUUCCGUCACGGUGGCCGUUUUCCAGUACUUAGCUACUACCACAAGAAGAAUGGCAUGGUGAUGAUGCGAGCAGGGCAGCCUCUGACAGGCACCAACGGGCGCCGGUGUAAGGAAGACGAGAAGCUGAUCAAUGCCACCCUGCGACCAGGCAAACGUGGCUACAUCAUUGACACACGCACCAUCAAUGUUGCCCAGCAGGCCAAAGCUCGAGGAGGAGGAUUUGAGUCUGAAGCUAACUACCCCCAGUGGAGGAGGAUCCACAAGGCAAUCGAAAGGUCAAACAUCCUCCAGGAGAGCCUGAUAAAGCUGGUAGAGGCGUGUAAUGACCAAUCGCACAGCAUGGACCGCUGGUUAAGCAAGCUAGAGGCUUCCAACUGGCAGACUCAUGUCAAAGAGAUCCUCACCACUGCCUGCCUGGCUGCCCAGUGUAUCGACAGGGAGGGAGCGUCGGUGCUUGUUCACGGUACAGAAGGGACAGACUCCACCCUGCAGGUGACCUCGUUGGCUCAGAUCAUCCUUGAUCCGGCCUGCAGGACCAUCAGAGGCUUCCAGGGCCUGGUGGAGCGAGAGUGGCUCCAGGCGGGUCACCCGUUCCAGCAGCGCUGCGCCCAGUCAGCCUACUCCAACAGCAAGCCUCGUCAGGAGGCUCCUUCCUUCCUGCUCUUCUUGGACUGUGUGUGGCAGAUCCUUCGCCAGUUUCCAUGCUCCUUUGAAUUCAGCGAGGGCUUCCUGGUGCUGGUCUUUGAACACGCCUAUGCUUCUCAGUUUGGUACAUUUUUGGGCAACAGCACAGCUGAGAGAGCCAAACUGUCUCUACCUGAGAAGACUGUGUCCCUUUGGUCAUGGGUAAAUCGGCCCCAAGAACUGGAACGUCUGACCAACCCGCUCUACGAGGCUAACAGUCUUGUGAUCUGGCCCUCCGUUGCCCCUCAGAGUCUGCUGCUGUGGGAAGGAGUGUUCCUUCGUUGGAACCGCUCCUCCAAGUGUUUGGACGAGGCCUAUGAGGAAAUGGGACAUAUAAUUGCUUACAACAAGGAGCUUCAGAACAAAGUAAACAGCCUGCGCAGGCAGCUGGCCCAGCUGGAAACUGAAGAUCCUCUGCUGCAGAGUCCAUAGAGAGAGAGAGACGAGAAAGGACGCGAGAUGGAAGAAAAGGUAGAAAAUGUGAAAAAAUACACAACUAAAUACAAAAACAGAUCAAUGUCAACCCAGUUUUAGGCUUCGGUUAGGUUUAAAUUCCUUUCAGAUGUUUGAGAAUAUAUGAUUCUAACAAUUAUAAUUUGGGAUUUUGUACCUGAUUGAUGAUGAGACAUUUUUGAAGAUAAAAAUUUAAACAGAACGGCCCUAAGUGCAGAACAACUUUAAAAUCAGCCUCUCUUCGAUUUUCCAUUCACGCAGUUGUCUUUCACACAGUUUACAUGGACUAAAACAGUGAUACCAAUGCCAUGUUGUGUCAUUGAAACUAAGCAGGAGUGAGAGGGAAAGAUACAGAAAAAAACAGCCACUUAUUUCUCAGAGUGCUGGUAAAAGCCCAACACUUACUCAACACAACAUCUCAUAGUCCUCCAGUAUAGAUUGUCCAAAAAAUAAUUGACAGUGAUGUACAUAAUUUAAUUAAUCAAUCAUUUAGGUAAUUUUUCAAGCAAAUAUGCCAGACAUUUGCUGGUUCCUCUGUCUCUCAUGUGAGAAUUUGCUACUUUUCUUUAUGAUAAAUCACUUUAAUAUCUGUGUUUUGGGACUGUUGGCCAGACAAAACGACCAAUUUGAAAAUGUCCCCUUGAGCUGUUGCACAUUAGGAUGGACAUUUUUUUCACAAUUUUUUUGACAUUUCAUAAACUGAACG